AUGUCCAGGCUGUCCCACAGGAUUGUCAAGGAAAUACAGGGUUUACUGGCAGAAUCAGUUCCUGGGAUAAAAGCAGAACCAGAUGAAAUCAACGCACGUCAUUUUCACGUGGUCAUUGCAGGUCCAAAGGAUUCCCCCUUUGAAGGAGGGACUUUUAAACUUGAACUUUUCCUUCCAGAAGAAUACCCAAUGACAGCUCCCAAAGUACGUUUCAUAACCAAAAUUUAUCACCCUAAUGUGGAUAAGUUGGGAAGAAUAUGUUUAGAUAUUUUGAAAGAUAAAUGGUCUCCAGCACUACAGAUACUCACAGUUCUGCUCUCAAUCCAGGCUUUGUUAAGUGCCCCCAAUCCAGAUGAUCCGUUAGCAAAUGAUGUAGCGGAGCAGUGGAAGACCAAUGAAGCCCAAGCCAUAGAAACAGCCAGAGAAUGGACAAGGCUCUAUGCUAUGAAUAAUAUUUAA